AGUCGUGCUGAUACCUUGCCUGCUGGUUUGUUUUGAUUCGACUCGAGAGACGACAACGCAACGCAUGUUUUUCGCAAACACAGAUUUUCGCCAAGAAUGUGACUUGUGGACCGACUGACAGCCUUUUCUUGAGAGAGAUUGUAAUAUUCUCGACGGCGAAUCACUACAUCAUCGAGAGGAAGCAAGCCCGAGAAGCUUUUCUUUCAUCCAGGAUGGCGGCCGAUUGUGGAAUCGUAGUGGCUAAAUACUGCCUCAAAUUGUUCAACUUUCUCUUCUUCAUUGCUGGCGCUAUCUUGCUCAGCGUCGGCUUCUGGUUGGCCAUCGACAAGAACUCGUUUGUCCGACUGCUGACCAAAAUUUCGCAGGACACGACCUUGCACCAAUUCUCUCAGCCGACUGUGAUAGAGCAGGCAUCUUGGAUUCUGAUCGCAGCCGGCGGAUUUGUAUUCGUUCUCAGCUGCCUGGGAUAUUGCGGCGCCUACCAGGAGUCGCCUUUCAUGCUCGGCACUUACUCCAUUCUGGUUGUCGCGAUCCUGGCUCUGGAAAUCACUGCUGCUGGACUGGCCAUCAACUACAAAACUGAAGCUGACACGAACACGCGAGAGUUCCUGAAGUCGACCAUCACCAAGUACUACGCCACCGCAGACAAGGCUGACGCAGUUACCCUGAUGUGGAAUUACUUGAUGGCUCAGUUCAAAUGCUGCGGAGUAGAGAACUACAGAGACUUCAGCUUGUCGGAAAAGUGGCAGCAGAGCAACAAAGUCGUGCCAAACGCCUGCUGCGUCCUAGAAGGCGAUAUUCAGCUCUUCAAACCAAAGGACCCCUCUUGUCCUGACAGACCCUCAGAGUCCAAUUCGUACUACAACAAGGGUUGUUACCAAGCUCUGUAUAGCUGGGUGAAGACAAACCUGGACUUGGUGAUCGCCGUGUGUUUGUCGCUGGCCUCGAUCCAAGUUCUGGGCAUCAUUUUCGCCUGUUGCCUGUGCCACAAGCUGGGUGGAUAGCGUCCGGACCUGCUUGGGAGCCGCUUCAUCAGAGUGACCCCUGAGCGCAGAGAGAGCUACUAACUCAGCUGUGAAAGUGACAAACUGAAAAGUGCUAAAAACUCAAGGAGAAUUAAUUCUUCUGCUGGAAUCCUGUCUCUGUCUUUGAUGUGUGUCAAAAUUUCUAUUGGAAAAAACUAGAGGUCUCAGCUGCGAGAUUUGAGGCGGCGGCUGGUGCAGCUGACAGUAUUUUAAACAUUAAGUUUGAUAGUGCUUAACCGCUCGAAGAGCCGGAAGACAUUUUUUUCUCAUACACUUUUUGAUUUUCGACCCCUUUUUUCUGGCGGCUGGCGACUGUCCAAGAGACCCAAAAUUUGCCGGCUGGCACGGCGCAGUGCGGCUGGCUGAGACCUCUAGAAAAAACGCCUUGUGUAGCACCAACAUCAUGUCAAGCAAACAACAUUUUUUACUUUUAUAAAACUCAUUUGCAUCUUUGAAUUUUCAGCGUGAAGAAAAGCUUUUUCAAAACAAAGCCAAAUUUAAAUUGUUUUCUAAAAGAUAUUCAGUGUGAUGACAAUAUAUGAGAAUGUAUAAAUAAAGGCAACCUUUUCUCUCAGCUUCUCAGGGUUUUAACCCGUCAUGCACUUGUAAUAAAAUAAUGUGAAGGUGUGAAGGUAAACAGUCCUGUCAAAUUAUGAACGCAAAUGUUUGACUUCUCUAUUGACUUUGUGAUUAUUCAAAUUAAGCAUGAUUACACUCAUUAACGAUAUUUUUAUGCGAAUGAGUGUGCCUUAUGUUUGCUGUCACUAAAAGACUGUAUUUUCGCUACACUAUCUGAAACAAACUGGAACUAAUUCUCGAAAUUGUAUGCUGUCACGUUUUUUAAUAGCACUUCAACACUGACAAUGCUAAUGUACACCUCUGCAGGGGAAAUUCUCUAAAUUCUAAUGAAAAAUAAAAUAUGUAUAGCUUGAAAGAUGAGUAUGUAUAUUCAAAUAAACUGUAUGUACUAAUUUAA